CGCGCGAUGGGACGGGCCUGAUUAAAAUCUUGCAUGAAAAUCAAGCCACAUCUUGAUUAUAGACUUUUAUAUAUGUAUGUGUUUACGUCAAUCAUAGCGCAGUUUCUUUUAAUAACCAAUAUAAAAACUACAUACGAUACUCAAAAUUAAGUUUACUAACGAAUAUUUUUGGAGAAAAUAUAAAUAUCAGGUUUAGGAAUCAGGUUUAGUCGACAAUAGAUGCGACAAUGAUCUUGAGAACUCUCACUAUUUAUUUCAAAAUGAUGAACUGCAAAUUUCUCUCAGAUACUAUCAUUUCCUCACUUUAAUUGAGAGAAAAUCUUCAAUUUGAUAUAAACUGUCAGAGAUUAAAAAAUAAAAAAUAAUUCAAUUCCAGCUUCAAUGCACAACAUUCAAUUAACGAAAGUGGCAAUGAAAAAAUUGAAGUAGUUCAAUAUCACCUCUAUAUAUAUAUAUAGAUAUACAAUGUCAUCGAGAGUAGUGAAAGUACUUUGGGUUGAACGCCUCAGUUAUGGAACUGGUCUUCGAUUACAGAAAGCAUUAGCAGAUCAACAUCAUAAUAAAUCUCUAAAUGGUCAUAUCGUCAAUACUCUGCUUUUGUUAGAGCAUAAUCCCGUUUAUACGGUUGGUAUUCGAAAUAAGGGUUACACCAUUGAUGAUGAAAAUAAAUUAAAAUCAUUGGGUGCAGAAUUUUUCAAAACAAAUCGUGGUGGUCUUAUAACGUUUCAUGGUCCUGGACAAUUAGUGGCAUAUCCAAUAAUAAAUUUAAAAAAUUUUCAAAACGGUGUCAAGUGGUAUGUUUGUCAAAUAGAAAAAAUGAUUAUUCGACUUUGCGCCGAAUUUGGUAUUAAGGGAAAAACAUCGCCCGAUACUGGUGUUUGGGUUGAUGAUAAAAAAAUUUGUGCCAUUGGAAUUCAUGCAAGUCGAUAUGUAACAACACAUGGUUUAGCAUUAAAUUGUAAUAUGGAUUUAUCAUGGUUCGAUCAUAUUGAUCCAUGUGGAAUUCAAGAUAAAGGUGUGACGAGCAUUAGUAAAGAAAUGCAAAUGAAUGUGAAAGUUGAAGAUGUUCUUCCUUUGUUUAAAAAUGCUUUUCAAGAUCAAUUUCAAUGUUCGUUGAUUGACUUUUCACCUGGUGAGGCUUCGGAAAUAAUUCGUAGUUGUCAAGAUUUACAAGUGCUUAGAAAUUAAUUUUCUUUUUUUUUUUUUUAGACAAUUGAGAAAUAAUAAUUUUGCAGUAAUGUAAUAUAUUUGACAAUAAAUACAUAAACAAACGUU